AUGUUACAGCCUCGUAUAUUCAGCUACCUGAUCAAGGACCCUGAAGAGUCUUUCCCAGGAACCCUGGCUUGCUCUCAUCGAGGCAGCUUGGUGAAGCUGAUGACUGGGCAGAGUCUCAUCUCUCAGAUGAACAACUACUUUGAGUUCCUAUUUGGCAAUGCUAAGAGCACCACAGCCUUUUGGACGUCACCCUACCUCGACGCCUGGGACCUGGGUAUCAUGGUGACCCAUGCCAUCCCUGUCAUGAGUAGUGAUGGAAAAAACAUUGGCGUGGUUGGUGUGGAUGCCACACUGGAUGAGAUAGAAAACUUCCUCACCAAGCACCAGUGGGGAACUGUCUACUCCUUCCUCAUCAACAAUAAAGGGGAGACAAUCUACCACCCGCGACUCAAACCCAGCACCAAUUAUAUUCCAGAAAAUAACCAGCAGAAAGUUGUGCCGCUGCUAGAAGAUCCCAUCUUUAUCCCAAUUUCUCAACUGGAGAUGGAUAUAAAUAGGCAACCAGCUGAAUUUAGUAUGAUAGAGCAGGACAUGAGACAAGGAAAGACCUCAUUUAAACACAUACCGAGGUCCAAGGACGGAAAAGCUAGGACGUACUACUACGGGGCCCUGAACGAGUCGGAAUACUCCUUUGCCUACAGUUUGGCUGACACUGACAUGGUGUUUAGGAGAUCUCAGGAGCCGACUGAUAGAUCUAAAUACACCAUAAGUAUCUUCAAUCUACUGAAAGAGUAUAGAGGUAACAUCUCCAGGGAGCGUUUACCAGGCAUGGCCGAGUUUAUAGAGAUCAAGGAGAAUGAAGACAGGUAAGUCAUUCCUUUACUUUACAGAGAUCAAGGAGAGUGAAGACAGGUGAGUCAUUCCUUUUGUUUAUAGAGAUCAAGGAGAGUGAAGACAGGUAAAUCAUUCAAUUAGUUUAUAGAGAUCAAGGAGAGUGAAGACAGGUAAGU